CUCCUUUUAAACUAUCGCAUUCGAAAGCGAAAAUGUGUUUCCUGAAAACACUUUUUUGGUUCACUUGUGUUUGUGUUGAAUACAACGUUGGAAAAUCACGGAAAAGGAAAGAAAAUUUUGAAAUCUGCCGUGUUUGGCUGCUAGUAACAUGGAGGAAAAGGAUUGAUUAUUCAAUUCUUCAGUUGCGUGGUAGUGUUUGAUUGGGUUAGUGGAGGGUCAAGAGCUCAUUUGGACACCAACGUCGACCAACUUGUAGAGAGAGAGAGAAGAAUCUUCAACAACUGUAGAUCAAUUUUUCUGAACUGGCAAUCUUCACUAGAUUCUUUAUUUGAAGAGGCACAACUGUUCUAUUAGAUGAAUUGGACAGAGGGUUGUCGUUGCCUUGUCCGAAUUAAUAAAACCAUUGGAAGGAGGUCAUCAUUGUAUCAUACUUUAAAUAAAAACCAAAAUGGUGCUUUUACCACUGAGAAGGUUGGCAUCCUUCCUGACUUGCAAUCUCAAAGUGGAUGUCUUCCGGCAAGAUCAUUGUGGCAAGAUGGUUUGGGGCGUGGGGCUAUAGGUUUUCAAGAAAGGCUGAUCUUAGCAAGACCUCAUGUCUGGAGAUUUAAGCUACCUGGUUGUUUAGAGGAAAAAUUUCCUUGGUCACAUAGCACGACAACUGGUUUGCGCAAAUUUGGACACAGUGUUGAAAAUGAUACUGACUUGAAUAGGGAUUUUCUUGUAAAGCUUUGGGUUGCCGAUAGGAAAAUGAAAAAUUCUAGGAGAAAAAGAAGACGAAAAAUUGUUAAGCAUGGAAAAUUUGGUGUGACUGCAUAUGAUAACCAACAUCAAUAUGGGAGAUGGUAUUCGGGUACAUCUCUUACUGAAGAAAAUGUUUUGGACCAGGGUAAACCAGUUUUGACUCAAGCACCUCUCAGCCAAUCUGUCUCAGGUUUUCUGAAGCCAGAAUCUCCAGAGGAGGCCCAGGUUGCACCGCUUCUUGCUAGGUCCAAUUUGCUGAUUACUAGGGAUAUAGAGUGGGCAAAUCUUGUGCUUGGUUUUGAGCAGGAAAACCGGUAUGCAAUAGUAGAUGUGUGCUACCCCCAGUCGCCUGUAGGUUUUAUUCAUGAGCAGAGUAAUUUCAUUUCCAGACAGUUGCUUCGGUUAAGGCGCCCUUUUGUUGCUUAUAUAACUGAUUCGAUGGGUAAUGAGCUCUUCAGGGUUCGCAGGCCUUUUUGGUGGAUAACCAGCUCAAUUUACACAGAGAUUGAUGGUAAGGAAGUUGGUGUGGUUCACAGACGAUGGCAUCUUUGGAAGAGGGUGUAUGACUUGUAUCUGGGGAAUAAUCAGUUUGCUGUGGUUGAAAAUCCUGGAUUCUGGAAUUGGACAUUUACUUUGAAAGACAUUGAUGGGAAAGUGCUUGCCGAGAUAGAUCGUGACUGGAGGGGUUUUGGCUUUGAGAUCUUUACUGAUGCUGGUCAGUACGUGAUCCGGUUUGGGAGUUCUGAUCCCAGCUCCAAGACUGGUCCUACCAGAGCGAUCCAAGAGUUGGAAGUUGCCCGUCCACUGACUCUGUCAGAGAGAGCUGUAGCUGUUGCUCUUGCUAUAUCGCUGGAUAAUGACUAUUUCUCAAGACACGGCGGCUGGGGAUUACCUUUUGUUGCAGUUGGUGAGUAGGUUUGGUUUGCAGUAUCCUUAACCCGUGGUUAUUUUCUGUGUUUGCAAUUUGGGAAGGCUAGUUGUAAGCCAAGCAACUCUAGAGCUCCUACACAAGGUGUUCAUGUUUCAUUACUCCUCCCCACAUUCUCAACUUGCAAGUCUAUCCCUUUUUUUUUUGAGUACUUCACCAAAUAACUUGCUUUCAUUGCUGCCUUUAUAUGUGGUUGUUGCUGUUGCUGACCAUGAUAAAUAAUGAGAUAUCGAAAUGACAACAUAUUUUGCUGAGAGAAAUGUAUCAUUGUCAAGACCUGGUUGUGGAUUCCCGAGUGUUUUGCCACUGUAGCAUGACCAGGAAAUGAAAACAAGAUUUCUGUGUUUGGGAUACUAAAGGGUUGUAUUUGGUUGGGAAAGGUAUUUACCACCUUGGAAUUAUUUCUGUUUUUAUCUUGAAGUAAUACUUGACUUUACAUUUCAUGCAA